UGACUGGACUUUACUUUUGACACUCUCCCUGCAGGCUUUCACACAACUCUUCCAUUUUUCCCUUCUCGUGACAUAACUUGCACAUAAAUAUAGUCAUGGCAGAUGUGAGCAAAACUGAGAAGGCUCAGUUGCAUGUCCCAGACCUACAGGAUCUUUGUGCCGUAUUACAAAAGGGUCUGGAAGAGAACUUUGCAGAAGUUAAGGUGAGUAUUGUGGAAUGUCCCGAUCUCAGUAAGGAGCCGUUCAACUUUCCUGUUAAAGGUUUAUGUGGAAGUCCUCGGGUUACAGAUGUGGGAGGAGUUCCUUACCUGGUUCCUCUGGUUCAAAAGCACAAGGAGUAUGACAUGAAUGCUAUAUCAAAGGAGGUGGAGCUCCCAGGAGCGUUCAUUCUCGGUGCAGGAGCCGCCCCUUCCAGAAUUGUGGGGAUGAAUGCAGAGUUGAUGCCACUGGUUCUGACUGAAGCCGAUGGAAGACCCGCAGUGAACAGCAGCUACUUCGCUUCCAUCAAUCCAGUGGAUGGCCAGUGUCUGCAAGAAAGAUACAGCGACAAAUUCUCAGACUGCAACUUUGGACUGCUGGGGAAUCUUUAUGCUUGUGAGGGGAAGCCGGGAAAGGUCUUAGAGGUGCGGGCCAAGAGGAGAACGGGAGAUCUCAGUAUUGUGACUGCCUUGAGAAAGACUCUGGAGGUUCAGUACCCUGAUAAAGUCCUGGCCUUGGGGGGCACCUUCAUCAUCCAGAAGGGGAAAGCUAAAAUUCACAUCAUGCCGAGAGAGUACUCAGUGUGUCCACUCAAUACCGACGAGGAUGUCAACAGCUGGCUCAAACACUUCGAAGUGAACGCCCCACUCAUCUGCCAGUCAGUGCUUGUAUCCAAAGAUCCUGGACUUGACCUGCGUGUGGAGCACACCCACUGCUUCAGUCAUCAUGGAGAAGGUGGCCACUACUAUAUAGACACCACACCCGACAGCGUGGAGUACUUGGGUUACUUUGUGCCUGCUGAGUUUAUUUACCGCAUCGACAGGCCCAAGGAAACACAUGCAGUUGGAAGAGAUUAAACAAGAACUGCAUGGUGCACUGGUUUUAAUUAUCAGUCAUUUUUGUGAAACUCUACCCAAUCAAUAUAAUGUAAUUGUGGUGAUAUACUGUAUAAAAUAACUGCAUGUAUUGUUUGAAUAUUCCACAGAAUUAAUAAACUCGUUUAAAAUUUCA